UGGUCUAUUUGUUUCUCUGUCUACGGCUACUACUAAGAAUUUUGUGACAGAAAAAAACCAAUAACUUUUUUUUUGGCCCGACCUGGGAAUCGAUCCCACGACCUCCGGGUCUGCGGCCUUACAUCAAGACCAACAAGGCAGUCAAAUUCACAAUUCUACAAUAAUUUGAAUUUUAAAUGAAGUUUGUGAUCAAAUAAAUAGUGGUUUUUGGGAUUUAUAAUAAUAUAAACACUAUUAUUAUAUAUCCCAAAAAGCACUGUCCGCCUCAAGGAUGCGAGCCUCGUCACGUGCGUGCGUGUGAGCAAGGUAGUACGGUUACCUCACUCAUCCCCCUGUUGGGGUCUGGUGAUGGCAGUUUCAAGGGCUGUGCCCUUAUGACUGCGGUAUUCUGUUUUGGUGUCAGUUGCUACGGACGGGUCGUUGGGGCAGGAAAGACGAAGACCAAUAAUAACUAUAAUACAUGGUGUCAAAAGUGCGUGUUGUGAACAUUAACGUGUUAUUUAACCUCGUAAACCUUUAAUGUCUUAUCAUAAAUUAGUUUUGCACCUAGUUAAAAAUCAACGUAUUUUAAAUUCAUAGAGUUCAGAGUAAUUUGGAAGAUUGAAGACAAAAGAGAAAACAAAAUAAAAAUAAAUUGUUUUCCUAAUAUUUGAUAAGUACAAAAAUAAUAUUAAAUAAUUUAAAUUAUCAUUUAUUAAAGUUGAAAUAUAUACAUAACAUAUAAGUAUCUGUUAAUAACUAAACGUAGAUGCGAGGUUAUAACGAAACUGCAAAUUAAAUACUUAUCUUAUUCGCAAGUUACAAGCAAGUAACCAAAAAUUUAUUUUUUUCAAAAGGCAAAAUAAAAUAACCUAUAGAAAUAUGGAAUCUGAAGAAACAUUAAAGUCAACAUUAAUGAAUUGUUUAAUGCAACAAAUAAGUGAAAUUGAAGUUUUAACUUCUAUUUAUAAUGAAGACAUCAUCCUGACUGAUGUUAAUGCAUUAAAAGAUAUACAACAUUUUGUUGAAAAUAAAACUCCAUAUACACCUAACCAUUUAGACUUUACUUUAAAUCUUGCGAUAGAUAGCUUAAAAUUAGAAAUAUCUGUUAAUUUACCAAGCUUUUAUCCACAAGAAGAACCAGACAUUUAUAUUAGGUGUAAUCAAUUAAAUCGGCAACAAGAAUCAGGUAUAAACUCUGAUCUCACAAACUAUAUUAAAAAUAACCACCUUGGAGAGCAGUGUUUGUACACAGCAUUUUCAUGGGUUCAAGAAAACAUAGAUCAGUAUAAAAAUAAAUUAAAUACAGUAAAAAGUCCAGUGUCUAAUGCAACCAAUGACAAAUGUAAAUUUUCAAGAUUGUGGAUUUAUUCACAUCAUAUUUAUAACAAGAAAAAGAGAGAGGAGAUAGUGAAAAUGGCCAGAGAAUAUAAGUUAACAGGAUUUUGUUUAUCAGGAAAGCCUGGUGUUAUAUGUGUAGAAGGUCUUGAAUGUGAUUGCCAAGAAUGGUGGAAAAUCAUAAAAUCCAUGAGUUGGAAGAAAAUUGUAAUAAGAAAAACAGAAACCUUUGAUAUAACUGAGAAAAAUAUGGUUCAAAAGUUUAAAAACUUUGAGGAAAUGCAUGUUGAUAUGAGCAGCUUUUCAAAAUAUUUAGAAGCAUUUGGUUUAUCAAAAGUAUUUAAUGAACUGUUUGGGUUAAAUAAUACCAAUACCUAAUGUAAAUAAAAUAUCAACAAUUUUAAAUAUAUUUAUUUAGCCUCACAUAUAACACAAUACAAAUCAUCCUAUUUUUACAACUCAUGUAAUUUAUUAUUUUAAUAAAAUAAAACACACACAAUUGUUAAGAAAUUGGAGGUACAACUCAUUGAAUUUGCAAAAUAUUAUAUAUAUACAGUUUCACUCCAAUCCUGAUAAGACAACUAAAAACCAACAGUGGGUUCAAUA